AAAGGAAUGCAAUGUUAAUUCUGGGGCAUUGAUGUUUUACAAUGCCUGAUCAAGACAGAAAGGAGAAGACCACAGAAAAAUCAACCGAUAAGCAACAGCAAGCGAUCGGCACCAGGGACUAUUCAGACCUUAAGAGACUUCGGUGCCUUUUGAACGUUCAGUCGAGCAAACAACAGCUUCCAGCCAUUAACUUCGAUAGUGCCCAAAAUAGCAUGACAAGGUCUGAGGUCGCCGUCAAGGUGGGUGGACAAAGAGCCCGGGGCCAAUGGCAUGAAUCCACAGAAGCUGUUGAACUUGAAAAUUUUAGUAUCAACUACAAGAAUGAGAGGAACUUCAGCAAACACCCCCAGCAUCAAUUAUUUCAGGAGAUCUUCACAGCACUGGUGAAAAAUAGACUCAUUUGCAGAGAGUGGGUUAAUCGAGCCCCGUCCAUUCAUUUUUUGAGAGUGUUAAUCUGUCUGAGGCUUCUAAUGAGGGAUCCAUGUUAUCAGGAAACCCUGCACAGCCUGGGCGGCAUUGAGAACCUCGCUCAGUACAUGGAGAUGGCAGCCAACGAGUACCUGGGCUACGCAGAAGAGCAGCACAGCGUGGAUAAGCUGGUCAACAUGACAUAUAUUUUUCAAAAGCUUGCUGCUGUCAGAGACCAGAGGGAGUGGGUCACCAGCAGCGGAGCCCACAAGACUUUGGUAAAUCUACUCAGUGCCCGAGACACAAAUGUCCUCCUGGGUGCCCUUCUGGCUCUAGCAAGCUUAGCAGAAAGUCCAGAAUGUAGGGAAAAGAUAAGUGAACUCAACAUUGUGGAAAAUCUGUUGAUGAUUCUACAUGAAUACGACCUGCUUUCCAAAAGGCUGACGGCGGAGCUGCUGCGCCUGCUGUGUGCAGAGCCCCAGGUGAAGGAGCAGGUGAAGCUCUACGAGGGCAUCCCCGUCCUGCUGAGCCUGCUGCACUCCGACCACCUGAAGCUGCUCUGGAGUGUCGUGUGGAUCCUGGUGCAGGUGUGCGAGGACCCCGAGACCAGCGUGGAGAUCCGUGUGUGGGGAGGCAUCAAACAGCUCCUGCACCUUCUGCGAGGAGACAGAAAUUUUGUUUCUGAUCGCUCCUCCCUCGGAAGCUUGUCCAGUGCAAACGCGGCAGGCCGGAUCCAGCAGCUUCAUUUGUCCGAAGACUUAAGCCCUCGGGAAAUACAAGAAAACAUCUUCUCUCUCCAAGCAGCCUGCUGCGCUGCCCUCACGGAGCUCGUGCUCAACGACACCAACGCCCACCAGGUGGUCCAGGAAAAUGGCGUGUAUACAAUUGCAAAAUUAAUUUUACCAAAUCAGCAAAAGAAUGGAGCAAAAACGAAUCUCUUACAGUGUUACGCUUUCCGAGCCUUGCGGUUUCUCUUCAGCAUGGAAAGAAACAGGCCACUCUUUAAAAGGCUUUUCCCCACCGACUUGUUUGAGAUCUUCAUCGACACGGGGCACUAUGUCCGCGAUAUCAGUGCUUAUGGAGACUUGGUGGCCAAGUUGAAUUCUUUAGCGGAGGACGACCUGAAGCAAAUUGCGGAAAAUGUUGAAAGCAUUAAUCAGAAUAAAGUCCCUUCGAAAUACAUAGGCAACUACGCGAUUUUGGAUCAUCUUGGAAGCGGAGCUUUUGGCUGUGUUUACAAGGUUAGAAAACGCAGUGGUCAAAACCUUUUGGCAAUGAAAGAGGUCAAUUUACAUAACCCGGCAUUCGGAAAGGAUAAAAAGGACCGUGACAGCAGUGUAAAAAAUAUUGUUUCUGAGUUAACGAUAAUCAAGGAGCAGCUGUAUCAUCCCAAUGUUGUUCGUUAUUACAAAACAUUUCUGGAAAAUGAUAGAUUAUAUAUUGUUAUGGAACUUAUAGAAGGUGUUCCACUGGGAGAGCAUUUUAGCUCUUUGAAGGAAAAACAACACCAUUUUACGGAAGAAAGACUAUGGAAAAUAUUUAUACAGCUUUGCUUAGCUCUUCGGUAUUUACACAAGGAGAAGAGGAUUGUCCACAGAGACCUGACCCCAAACAACAUUAUGUUGGGGGAUAAGGACAAAGUGACAGUUACUGACUUUGGACUGGCAAAGCAAAAGCAAGAAAACAGUAAAUUGACGUCCGUUGUCGGAACAAUCCUGUACUCUUGCCCCGAGGUACUGAAGAGUGAGCCGUAUGGGGAGAAGGCGGACGUGUGGGCUGCGGGCUGCAUCCUCUACCAGAUGGCCACCCUGGACCCUCCCUUCUACAGCACCAACAUGCUGUCUCUGGCUACCAAAAUAGUGGAGGCAGUCUAUGAGCCCGUGCCAGAAGGCAUCUACUCUGAAAAAGUGACAGAUACCAUCCGCAGGUGCCUCACUCCAGAUGCAGAAGCCCGUCCAGACAUCGUAGAAGUCAGUUCCAUGGUAUCAGAUGUGAUGAUGAAGUAUUUAGACAACUUAUCUACAUCCCAGUUGGCCCUGGAGAAGAAGCUAGAGCGAGAGCGGAGGCGCACCCAGAGGUAUUUUAUGGAAGCCAGCCGGAAUGCUGUCCCGUGUCACCAUGAGCUGGCUCUGCUUUCUCAAGAAAUCUUUGAGAAGGCAAGCUUAAGUAGCAGUAGCAGUGGAGCAGCCAGCCUGAAAAGUGAACUCUCAGAAAGUGUCGACCUGCCCUCUGAUGGUUUCCACGCCCCCAGUGCUAAGGAUGAAGACAGGGCCUGUGAUGAAAUCCUGUCUGAGGAUGCCUUCAAUCUGGAAAAUAUCGAGAAAGAUAUAUAUUCAGAGCUGGAUGAUGAGUUGGAUAUUUCCGAUAAUUCCAGCAGCUCCAGUUCAAGUCCCUUGAAAGAAUCUACAUUCAGCAUUCUAAAGAGAAGUUUUAGUGCUUCAGGAGGAGAAAGACAAUCCCAAACAAGGGACUUCACAAGCACCGUAGGAGCCAGACCAAGACCAGCUUUGCUGCCUCUUGACCUGCUUCUGAAAGUGCCACCCCUCAUGGUCAGGGCCCACGUUAAGGAUCUAGAGGCUGAGUUAGUGACAGGGUGGCAGUCCCACAGCCUCCCUGCUGGGAUUCUCCGGCAUCUCAAAGAUCAUGGGCCACAGAUGAGCACGUGCUUGUGGCAAGCAUCUGCAGGCAUCGCCGUGUCCCAGAGGAAAGUACGUCAGAUCAGUGAUCCCAUUCAGCAGAUAUUAAUUCAGUUGCACAAAAUCAUCUACAUCACACAGCUUCCUCCAGCUUUGCACCACAAUUUGAAAAGAAGAGUGAUAGAAAGAUUCAAGAAAUCCCUCUUCAGCCAGCAGAGCAACCCUUGUCAUUUGAAAUCUGAAAUUAAAAAGUUAUCUCAGGGGUCUCCAGAACCGAUUGAACCCAACUUUUUCACAGCAGAUUACCAUUUGUUACGUCAUUCGUCGGAUGGAAAAAGCCUGUCCCCCAGUGACCCUACAGGCCUGCCCACCAGCUUGGAUUUAGAGGAAGGAAUAACAUAUGAAGAGAUGCAGACUGUGAUUGAAGAAGUUCUAGAGGAAAGUGGCUAUUACAAUUUUACCUCUAGCAGGUACCACUCCUAUCCAUGGGGGACCAAGAAUCACCCCACGAAAAGAUGAAAAUGCCGCAUCUCAAAUGGACUCGGGUUUCCCAGCAAAGUUCAAGUUCUGGACUUCAGCCGCUACUUGCAGGAUGCCCGGAGCCUGGGUGCUGCCAGGAAGAUGUGAAAGAGAAAAGACCAGAAUGCCAUGGGGCCUGUAGGACCUCCUGCUGGAAUUGUGUGGUGGAAUGGAUGACAGCUGCAAUGUUCAGGGGUUCCGUUCCAAGGUGUGUGAUGCCCAGACGGCGGGGUUGUCCCUGUCUCCCUGGGAGAAGAGUCUGCAGCAUGAAUCCAUCUGUAAGGGGACUAAGUAUCCUCACGCUCCAGAACUUUCCUCCAAGGCGAAAAAAAAGAAAGUCCUAUUUUUCAGAUGAAUAUUUUAUACUCAGGAUUGCUAAAGCAAUGUUUAAAGGUAUCUAAUUUUCUUUGUAUAAAAGCGAUUGUUCUAGAUAAAGAAAACUAUAGGACUCAGAAUGGCAUACUGUAUACACCAUUUCUCUCUAUCUUAAAAGAAAUUAAAAAGGUAUAGUUGAUUUUUAAAAAUGUAACAGU